AUGUUUUUAGUAGCUAGGGAAUUUGUAUAUUCUUCUUCUUCUACUUCUUCUUCUUUGUCACUAGGAAUUGCAGGCUGUCUCUCUCUCUCUCUCUCUCUCUCUCUCUCUCUCUCUCUCUCUCUCUACCGUAUAUUUAUCUAUCUUUCUAUCUAUCUGCACAUGGUAAUCCCUUCUUUCUCUAUCUAUCUAUCUAUCGAUCGAUCGAUCGAUCUAUCUAUCUGUGUCUUUCGUAUCUAUCUAUCUAUCUAUCUAUCUGUGUGUGUUCAUAUCAAUCUAUCUAUCUAUCUAUCUGCACAUUGUCAUCCCUUCUUUAUCUAUCUAUCUAUCUAUCUAUCUAUCUAUCUAUCUACCAAUCUAUCUAUGUAUAUAUCUAUCCUAGUAUGUGCAUUAUCUGUCCAUUUCAGUCUGUACACAUCUAUCUAUCUAUCUAUCUAUUCUACUCAGCUGACAUCUAUCUAUUCAUCUAUUUCUCUAUCUCAGUCUGUUGAUAUCUACCUGUCUAUCUAUCCACCGAUCUCAGUCUGUUCACAUCUCUAUCUGUCCUGUUCUAUUCUAUUGAUAUCUAUCUCUGUUGAUAUCUAUCUAUCUAUCUAUCUAUCUAUCUAUCUAUCUAUCUAUCUAUUUAUCUAUCUAUCUCAGUUUGUACACAUCUAUCUAUCAAUCUUGGUCUCUAGACAUAUCUAUCUAUCUGUCUAUCUAUCUAUCUAA